AAUUCAGAUUCUCUCCAACAACUGGCACACUCUCAGCUCCUCCAGAAGAAGGUCGACAAGCACCAACGAAAUGAAGAUUCUGCUGCUGACUCUUGUGCUUGGUCUGGUCUGUGCUGCCCAGGAACCUCAGUCGGAAACCAAUUUCUCACUGGUUUCAGGAGAAUGGAAAACCCUUUACGUCGCAUCCAGUAACAUCGAGAAGAUCAGUGAGAACGGACCGUUCAGGGCUUUUGUCCGUAGACUUGAUUUUGACAGUGAGGGUGACACAAUCGCCUUCACAUUUUUGGUCAAGGUCAACGGACAAUGCACAAUAAUACAUUCCGUGGCAACAAAAAUAGAAGGAAAUGUUUACAUUAGUGAUUAUGCAGGUAUAAAUGGUUUCAAAAUUCUCGAUUUGUCAGAAAAUGCCAUCAUAGGAUAUAUUCUGAAUGUGGAUGAAGAAGGCCUGGUCACCAAAAUAAUUGCAUUGCUUGGCAAAGGAAAUGAUAUCAAUGAGGAAGAUAUUGAGAAGUUCAAGGAGUUGACUAGACAAAGGGGGAUUCCAGAAGAAAACACUUUGAAUAUCAUCAAUAUUGAUGACUGUCCUACAAAUGACUAAAAACAAGGACCUGAACACUCCAAAACGUUAACCUGUGACUGGGGACCAGGCGCAUCAUCUUCUCUAUGGAAUCAAGACCAACAAUCUGAAGAAAACAUUCUUUGUUCCUGUUGAACAUCAUCUUUCUCUCUCUAUAAACGUACUCUCCUUCCCAUUUCAUCUCUUCCAGUCACCAGUCACAUCCUCUAUGGUGUUACUGGAUUUCUGAGUGUUUAAAUAAAUUGAUUUAAUAUGCACAC